AUGAAAUCAAUUGGACCCGUGAAUCAGCCGGUGGCCCAUGACGAUCUGCUAGGGCUCCCCUCUUUAAUCCUCGGAGGUGCGACUUUGAAUACACAAUACAACGAAGAGCCCGAGACAGUACCUUUAGUGGACAUGCUACGAUUUGCCAUGUCGCAUGGGAUUCGUGCAAUUGACACGUCCCCGUAUUACGGAGACAGCGAGAAAUUGUACGGUGCGGCGUUGAAGGCAAUCGAGGAUGAGUUCCCCAGAGACACUUACUACAUCAGCACCAAAGUGGGCCGUAUUAGACUUGACGAGUUUGAUUACUCCCGCGAGAAUGUGAGGUUCAGUGUAAAGCGAUCAUGCGAGCGUUUGAACACACCAUACCUGGAUCUCGUGUUCUUACAUGAUAUCGAGUUCCAAGCGGAGCAUCAAAUCCUGGAGGCGUUACGAGAGUUGCGGAAGCUGAAGGAGGAAGGCGUGAUCAAGAAUUUUGGUUUGAGCGGGUACCCAGUUGAUUUCUUGCUGUAUGUGAGCAAGAAGUGCUGUGAAAUUGCAGAGAUUGGCCCACUGGAUGCGGUGAUGUCGUAUGCGAACCUUAACUUACAAAACAUGACUUUGCUCAAGUAUGCCGCGCAAUUCAAAAAGGAAGCACAGGUGAAGUCGUUGUGGAACGCGUCGAUUCUCAGCAUGUCGUUGCUUCGGUCGCAAGAGACGCGUGCGUUCCAUCCAUGUUCACAGGAAUUACGAGACGCGGCACAACAAGCAGCGGAAUACGUGCAGUCCAGUGGCGAUGAUCUGGCAGAUCUGGCUACACGGUUUGCCAUCCAGCAAUGGUAUAACGAGGGCCCCACAGUUUUGGGACUCAGCUCAACUUCUGAACUGGAGCACGCUCUCAAUAACUACUGGGCCGUAGCAGACCGCAAUGGGCAGUUGAGUGAGCACGACGAGGCGUUAGUGACCGCGGUGCAGCGCGAUGUCUUUGGCACCCACUUGAACGAGACCUGGGGUUCAGGCAUUCCGCAUAAGAUGGACUAG